AUGAACUGUUUUCAGAAGGAACUGACUUUUACAAAACUCUACAUUAAAAAAUCAACUCUCGAAAGACAGAAAGAAGGCUGGACUUCCAUUUAUGCCUGGACAGAAGCUUCUGAUCCGGGUUGGACUGGGUAUGCUUGUGCUGGACUAGACUGUUCCCAACUUCAAUUGCUAAGCUUCAACUGUAAAUCAAUACCAAAGUUUGAGUUUGGCAGAGCUUUAAUCUAUUUCGAGCCCUUUGAGGCUUUUUGA